GCCCCGCCGCUGCGGGGGCGGCGGCCGCGGAGGGAUGGAGCCGGCGAGCCCCUGCCAGGCGGCGGCCGCCCCGCUGCCGCUGCUCCCCGCCAACGACUCUUACCACGGCCGAAACUGCAGCGCCGAGGAAGGCAUCUACCAGGAUGGCACCCCGCUCUCCGGGAAGAUCGUGCUCGCCGUCGUCCUGGCGCUCGUCACCCUGGCCACGGUGCUCUCCAACGCCUUUGUCAUCGCCACGGUCUACCAGACGAGGAAACUCCACACGCCGGCCAACUAUCUCAUCGCCUCGCUGGCCGUCACCGACCUCCUCGUCUCCAUCCUCGUCAUGCCCAUCAGCACCAUGUACACUGUGACCGGGAAGUGGACGCUGGGCCAGAUCGUCUGCGAUAUCUGGCUGUCCUCGGACAUCACCUGUUGCACGGCGUCCAUCCUGCACCUCUGUGUCAUCGCCCUGGACCGGUACUGGGCGAUCACCGACGCCGUCGAGUACUCCACGAAAAGGACUGCCAAGCGGGCAGCGGGCAUGAUCGCCCUGGUGUGGGUCUUCUCCAUCUGCAUCUCCAUGCCCCCUUUGUUUUGGCGGCAGGCGAAGGCCGAGGAGGUCUCCCACUGUGUGGUGAACACGGACCACGUCCUCUACACCGUGUACUCCACGGUGGGAGCCUUCUACUUCCCCACCUUGCUGCUGAUAGCCCUCUAUGGGAGGAUCUACGUGGAAGCCAGGUCGAGGAUUUUGAAGCAGACGCCAAAGAAAGCAGGUAAAAGACUAACUCGGGCUCAGUUAAUCACGGACUCCCCGGGGUCGUCCUCCUCCGUCACGUCCAUAAACUCUAAGGCCCCCGAGGGAUCCAGCGAAACGGGCUCUCCGGUGUACAUGAACCAGGUGAAAGUGAAGGUCUCGGAUGCCCUGCUGGAGAAAAAGAAGCUCACGGCCGCUAGGGAGCGGAAAGCUACAAAGACUUUAGGGAUUAUUUUAGGAGCCUUCAUCGUCUGUUGGCUGCCCUUUUUCAUCAUCAGCCUGGUGUUGCCUAUUUGCAAGGACGCUUGCUGGUUCCACAUGGCCAUCUUUGACUUUUUCACGUGGCUUGGAUAUCUCAAUUCCCUCAUCAACCCCAUCAUCUAUACUAUGUCUAACGAAGACUUCAAACAAGCUUUUCACAAACUCAUACGUUUCCGAUGCACAAGCUGAAUUUUGAAUGCGAUGUGUUCUCCGGCGCUGCCCCCAUGCACGCCCGCGUCCGACGCCACAGAAUCAAGUUGCUAUUGUAAAGACCCACUGCUUGAAACUUCCCCCAGCACAGUUGCCAGACCCAUGAUGCUGCAAAAACGUCAAUACACACUGCCACCAAACUGCUCAGCUCAGCAUUUCAGUGUAGUGACUCUGGCAAAGAUGCUGUUCCAAUAGUCACGCAGAUCAGUUGCAAAAAAGAGGGCAGCCUUGAAUCAAGGUCUAUAAUUCAUCCGGAUUGAAGAAAAAGUUUGAAAUAUUUCGAAAGUAAACUCCAUUUAUUUUGCAGGCUUAACUUCUUAUUUGGUCUCCAGCCGGUUGUAGGGGUGUGCACAAGAGCACAGUUGUCUCUGUCUGUGUUAGUAGCAUAGUUGUACUUCUGCACACCUGUAAUUUCUUUCAGUGGAAAGAGUUGCUCACUUCGCUUAGGAAGCCUAGAGGAGAAAAACUGGAGCGUUUAAAAAUAGGAGCAUCACAGUAAACUCUGUAAAUGACUCCUUCAGCUGAACACAUGUGAGAAGUAGUAGUGUGCAGAAGUUUUAUUUGUAUUUGAAAACAAUAGCAAAUGCAAAUUCUGUAGAAACAAGAGUUGUAGACCUGCACUGCAUAUCUAUAGUCUGUCCUCAUAGUUGCCUUUAUAAAUACUUCUUACUACUACUCCAUAACCCAAGAACAAAAGAUAAGAAGUCCGAAGGUCAUUACCUUUUCCAUAAACCAUCUGGGAUUAGAAGUAGCAGUUUGAUGUUGUAAUCGAGUUUUCCAUUUUGUGUCAGUUGCACACCCUUACUGCAUGAACCACUGCAAAAAUUAGAAUCCUCUAAAUAAUUACAUUAUUUAGUGUCUAUUUUGUAGAGAAGUGAAGCAGUUUGCUCUUUAAGAGCUAUACCACCUGCAAAAUAAAUACCCAUAAAUUGUGAAUUAACUGAUGUUAGCAAAAUUAUUCUUCUCUCUCCUUCUCCCUCCCCAUCCCCCAUUUUUUUCUCUCUUUUUGAUCAGACCUUAAGACAACUCUACGUAUAUUCAGCAGGCAAAGUUAGAGUUUCAGGAUAUGGUCCACCUGCUGUUGAUAGAACUGCAUUGAUUGUUCCUCCUAUGUGUAAAUGAAAAUGAGUAUAAACAAUAAAACGCUUUACUGUGUUCUCAA